GUAGAGGUUGUGGUUGAUAGAGAGAAAGAUGUUUAACUUGUAAAAAGCCCUUCCUCACUCUCUAAAAAACCAUACAAGAAAAAGUAUACAGCAAGUGAUUUGUCUGGUUUUCUUCUAUUAUGGAUAGCUAUGAAGCAACCAGGAUUGUUUUCUCUAGAAUCCAAAGCUUGGAACCAGAGAACGCUUCCAAAAUCACGGGUUUACUGCUGAUUCAGGACCAUGGAGAGAAGGAGAUGAUUCGUUUAGCCUUUGGUCCUGAAGCUUCACUUCACUCUGUGAUACUCAAGGCCAAGAAGGAACUUGGUCUUCCUUGCAACUCUCCUUCACCUUCACCUCAAACUCCAGCUUCUCCUUCUCCUUUUAAUAUUCCAAGGCAGAACUCAUCUGCUUCCAGGCUCAUACCAUCUUCUCUCACCGUCCCUACUUCUUCUGGUACUUCUUCAUGGAGUCCUUUGUCUAAUCUACCAAACCCUGACGAGUUGAUCAGUCCGAGCAGUGGCUCUUUGAACCCUUCUUCUUUGCCUUUCUAUGGAACGGGUGGGGUCACUGAUAUGGUCGAUGAGUUUCAGCUUCAAGAUCAACUAUCUUUCCUCAACGAAAGCUCACAAAACCAUGAUUUCUUCUACCCACACGCAUCUGAUUUGUCCUCUGGAUCACCUGCUGGUGCUCGUGGCACCACUGAUGCCAUGGGGUUCCCUUCAUAUUGGGGGACUUCCCUUCACAGGAGGAGUAGCUCCGUGAGUGAUAUUUUGGGAGCUAAUGACCUGGCUUCCGGGUUUGGGUGGAGAACCUGCUUAUAUUUUGCUAGAGGGUACUGUAAAAACGGGAACAAUUGCAGAUUCAUUCAUGGUGACCUUGGGGAACCUGGACCAGAUUGUGCCGCCGUGGUGGGGUCACCUAACAAGCUCGAGUUGGAUCAGUGCCACGAGUUACUUAGAUCUAAAUCAGCUCAGCAUCAGAGGUUGGCUGCUGCUUCACAGCUCAUGGGUUCUGCUUCUUUUCCUCCUUGCUCCCCAAAGUGCAUAAACUCGUUUCUUCAACAGCAACAAAAUGAUUCCCAGAGGUCUGCAGCAGCUGCUGCUGCUUUAAUGAUGGGUGAUGAUAUGAACAAAUUUAACCGAGCAGGCAUGGUUAACCCAGCUUCAAGACAGAUCUACUUGACCUUCCCAGCUGAUAGCACCUUCAGAGAGGAGGAUGUGUCCAACUAUUUCAGUAUAUACGGCCCAGUUCAAGAUGUGAGGAUUCCAUUCCAGCAGAAGAGAAUGUUUGGCUUUGUUACUUUUGUUUAUCCUGAGACCGUGAACAUCAUCCUGGCUAAAGGGAACCCUCAUUUCGUUUGCGAUGCUCGUGUUCUGGUGAAGCCUUACAGGGAGAAAGGAAAAGUCCCGGACAAGUACAGGAAACAGCAACAAAUUGAAAGAGGAGAAUUCUCUCCUUGUGGUACUCCAACUGGCCUUGAUGAACCCCGAGACCCAUUUGACCUUCAGCUUGGACCGAGAAUGUUUUACAAUAACCAGGACUUGUUAUGGAGAAGGAAGUUGGAGGAGCAAGCUGAUCUUCAGCAAGCCAUUGAGCUUCAAAAUAGAAGACUGAUGGGUCUGCAACUGCUUGGUGUGAAGAAGAAUCAGCAUCACAGGGCUCUUUCUAGCGGAAGUCCCUUUCCAUCACCUACUCACUCGCCGAAUAUGUUCAGCCAGUCCCUUGUAAUACCUCAAUUUCAUAAUGGUCAAGAAGCUCCACAAGAGAAUUGUUCCAGCCCUGUGCCGGCCUUAUCAGUGAAUGCUUUCGAGGAGCAAGCAGAGAGUACUGCUACUGCUGUGGUUAAAGAAUCAGCCAGUGUUGAAGACAAUGGUACUGGCAAGGAGAGCCCUCAUCAUGAAGAUGGUUAUCAACCAGAAAGUUUGGAGCACAACCUUCCCGAUAACCCUUUUGCAUCUCCUGCAAAAGCUGCCGGAGAGUACUCAUCUGCAUUCUCUAAUACUGAAGCUGAUAGGGAUAUAUCUGUCCCGGCUUCUUCUAUAAACAAUAAUUGGGUCUGUUCAACCUUGCUUCCAGAAAAUAAUGCAUUAGACAUGCCAUCGUUCAACUCAUUCAACUGCCAAAUGCCCAGGUUCUCGUACGGACAUGGGACCAUCGGUAUGUAUGCAGGCACUGGCGGUCCAACUUGCCCUGUUGGAAUUUAGCUUCCCAUGUGCUACAAAUCAAACAACAAAACUUCACAUCAGAGAGAUAUAGAGAACCACCACCACAGUUCACUACAAUCCGAACCACCUCGACCCUUUUCUCGUAAUCGUUGAUACUAUACUUACUACCAUACAAAAUGCGUACAUAAAAGGCAGUGAAGUGGGUCAGCCAUUCCAUUUCUUUUCUUUGUAAUAUUGUUAUUUAUUGUUUCAAUAGUUUGGGCCACAGGUAAAAAAGAAGCAUAGCAAGAAAAGAUAAAAAGGAUCACAGUCAAUGUGUAGUUGUAUCUCCCCUUGAACUGUAAUUUCUUCCCCUCCCCUAUGGUUUCCCAGGGAGAAACAAGGAAAACAAACCCUUAUUUAGUUCAUUUC